AUGGCGGAGGCCGCGCCGCAGCACCUGUCGCUGCCCUCGGGGCUGCUGGAGCUGUGCGCGCUCCUGGGCGCCCCCCGGGACGGCCUCCGCGGCCUGGAGCAGGCCGCCCAGAGGAAGGGAGUCCCGAAGCCUUCGUCUCUCAGCCCGGAGGUUCUGUCCGUUUUUGUGCCUCCCUUUGUCAGCAAGGAGGACAGCCUGGCGGCGGCGGCCGCUGCCGGCUCCACCACCCCCGGGAAAGGCAGGAGGCGCUCCUUCAGGAGGAGGCGCGAGAAGCCCAGGGCGGAGCAGUGCAAGGACCCCCCGGGGGACCCCAGCGGGCCGGACCCCGAGGACGUCAGCAUCCCGGGCGGCGUGGACCUGCUGGCGCUGCCCCAGCUCUGCUUCCCAGGGGGCCUGUGCGUGGCCUCGGAACCGAAGGAGGACGCCGUGCACUUCCUGGUGCUGACCGACGUGUGCGGGAACAGGAGCUACGGCGUGGUCGCCCAGUACUACCGGCCGCUGCACGACGAGUGCUACUUCUACAACGGCAAGGCGCACUGGGAGUCUGGGCCGGCCGCGGGCGCCGGCGGCUGCUACGUGCCCUUCGCCGUGUGCGUGGUGUCCAGGUUUCCCUACUACAACGCCCUCAAGGACUGCCUGUCCUGCCUGCUGACGCACCUGAAGCUGUGCAGGGACUUCGAAGCCGACAACCACAUCAAGGAUUUCGCCGCGAGGCUGUCCUUAGUCCCCAGCCCCCCUCCGGGGCCACUGCACUUGGUGUUCAACAUGAAGCCGCUGCAGGUCGUGUUCCCCGCGCGCGCCGACCCGGAGAGCCCGGUCAUCGACCUGGACCUCCACCUGCCCCUGCUGUGCUUCCGGCCGGAGAAGGUGCUGCAGAUCCUGGCCUGCAUCCUGACGGAGCAGCGGCUCGUGUUCUUCUCGGCCGACUGGGCGCUGCUGACGCUGGUGGCCGAGUGCUUCGUGGCCUACCUGCACCCGCUGCAGUGGCAGCACCCCUUCGUGCCCAUCCUGUCGGGCCAGAUGCUCGACUUCCUCAUGGCGCCCACCUCCUUCCUCAUGGGCUGCCACCUGGACCACCUCCAGGAAGUCAGCAAGGAGGCCGACGGCUUAAUCCUGAUCAACAUUGACCAAGGGAGCGUGACGCACUCCAGGUCCUCGGACCAGGCCGCGGCUGUCCCCGAAGUCCCUCUCCUGGCGGCCCAGGCCUUCAUUCAGAGGGUGCAGAGCCUCGAGCUGCACCGUGAGCUGCACCUCGCGCACCUGGCCUCCCCCACGGACCUGAACGAGAGCCGCGCCUGCAGACGGGGCUGGCAGCAGGCGCUCAACUGCCGGAUCCAGCACAUCAGCCUGCAGCUGCUCGUGGGCAUCUUCAGGGAAGUGAAGAAUCAUUUAAACUACGAGCACAGAGUGUUUAACAGCGAGGAGUUCCUCAAGACCCGCGCUCCCGGCGACCAGCAGUUCUACAAGCAGGUCCUGGACACCUACAUGUUCCACUCCUUCCUGAAAGCCCGGCUCAGCAGGAGGAUGGAUGCCUUCGCACAGCUGGACCUGAGCAUCCAGUCGGAGGAGGACAGGAUGAACGGGAUGCUCGUGAGCCCAAGGAGGCCGACGGUGGAGAAGAUGGCCUCGCGCAAGCCCUCGCCCCUGCAGCUCACUCACCGGCGCAUGGUGGUCAGCAUGCCCAACCUGCAGGACCUCACGCUGCCCGAGCUGCCGCCCAGGAACGCCUCGCUGCGGCUCCCGGACUCUGCCUCGGGCUGUGGGAACAGUGUCGACUUCGAAGCUCUGAUCGUGGCCCCUAAGCCGACCUACACGUUCAAGGUCCCGGAGAUCCACUUCCCGCUGGUGGCCCAGUGCGUGCAGGCCUAUUACUCGGACUUCGUGGCGCUGCUGAGCAAGGCCAUGGGCUUCCUGGCGCCCGAGAACUCGCUGCUGCUGGCCAGCUACUUCUACCUGCGCGGCCUCGUGCACCUGCGGCGGGGCCAGCUGCUGGACGCGCUGCUGGACUUCCAGAGCCUCUACAAGACGGACGUCCGCAUCUUCCCAGCCGCGCUCGUCAAGGGCGUCGUGGAGGCGCUGUCGGCGGCGCAGCGCGCCCAGGCCGAGCGCACGCCCGAGCUCCGGCGGCUGCUGGGCGAGGUGCUGGACCAGCCGGGCGACGCCCCCAAGGCCGACGACCCCGUGAAGAACUUCGAGCUGCCCCGGAAGCACCUGCAGCUGGACGAGUUCGUCCGCCGGGUGCAGGAGUCCGGCAUCGUGAAGGACGUCGGCGUCAUACAGCGGCUCUUCGAGGCGCUGGCCGGGGGCCAAGAGAAACAGAUCGAGCCCGACACGUUCAGGGACUUCUACAACUGCUGGAAGGAGACAGAGGCGGAGGCGCAGGAGGUCAUCCUGCCUGCGGCCGUGGUGCGGCACCUGGACCGGAGUGAGUGCGUCUACAAGCUGUCGAGCGCCGUCAAGACCAACCGCGGCGUCGGCAAGAUCGCCAUGACCCAGAAGCGCCUGUUCCUCCUGCCGGAGGGCAGGCCCGGCUACGUGGAGAUCUCCACCUUCCGGGACAUAGAGGAGGUCCGAAGCACCACGGUGGCGUUUCUGCUUCUUCGAAUCCCCACCCUGAAGAUCAAGACGCUGUCCAGGAAGGAGGUGUUCGAAGCGAACCUCAAGUCCGAGUGCGGCCUCUGGCUCCUGCUGGUCAAAGAGAUGUGGGCGGGGAAGCAGCUGGCCGAUGACCACAAGGACCCGCAGUACAUCCAGCAGGCGCUGACCAACGUGCUGCUGAUGGACGCCGUGGUGGGCACGCUGCAGUCACCCAAGGCCCUCGACGCCGCCUCCAAGCUGUCCUACUUCGACAAGAUGAAGAACGAGAUGCCCAUGGCGGUCCCGAAGACCACGUUGGAGACGCUGAAGCACAAGAUAAACCCGUCGGCGGGGGAGACCUUGCCACGCGCCGUGGACGUGCUGCUGUAUACUCCAGGGCAUCUUGACCCCGCGGAGAAGGUGGAAGACGCCCACCCCAAGCUGUGGUGCGCCCUAGACGAAGGAAAGGUGAUCGUGUUCGACGCCUCCUCCUGGACCAUCCACCAGCAUUGUUUCAAAGUGGGCUCCUGCACGCUGAACUGCAUGGUGAUGGCAGAGCAGAACCAGGUGUGGCUCGGCUCGGCUGACGCGGUCAUCUACAUCAUCAACGUGCACAGCAUGUCUUGCAACAAGCAGCUCACGGACCACCGCGCCAGCGUCACCGCUCUGGCCGUUCAGGAGGGCACGGCGGCGCCCAGCGAGGUCUACUCCUGCAGCGUGGACGGGACGGUCCUGGCGUGGAACGUGAGCACGCUGCGGGUGACCAGCCGCUUCCAGCUGCCGUGCGGAGGCCUCACGGCCAUGCAGCUGCACGGCGGCCGCCUGUGGUGCUGCACAGGCAGCAGCAUCGUGGCGGUGACGACCAACGGCUUUGUGCAGCAGGAGCUGAGGCUCGAUGAGAUCUUUACAGAGAUAAGCACCUCCUUCCUGGGCUUCCAGCUGCUCCCCGAGCAGGAGCAGCUGUGGGCGGCCUGUGCGGGGCGCAGCGAGGUUUACGUCUGUAGCCUGGAGGACCUGACCCAGCCCCCCGAGAGGAUCCCCCUGCAGGACUGCUGUGAGGUCCGCUGCAUGAUCAGGGUGAAGCGGCAGGUCUGGGUGGGGGGCAGUGGUCUGUCGCAAGGCAAAAUCAAGGGGAAAAUCUACGUGGUCUGUGCCGAGCGGAGGGCGGUGGAGAAGGAGCUGGUGGCGCACGCCGACGCCGUGCGGACCCUGUGCUCAGCCGAGGACAGGUAUGUGCUGAGCGGCUCCGGGCCCGAGGAGGGCAAGAUCGCCAUCUGGAAGGUGGAGUAGGCGCUGGGAUGCGCAAGGAGACCAGGGCCUGAGGCCUGCCAUGUGCACCUGCCGUGGGGACCGGUGCCGUUCCCCCCGGGGCGCUUCUCGGACCAGGAGCUGCACUGCCUGUGUGACGACCUCUGUGCUGUCUAGAAGGUCCCAGAAUCAGGGAACCAGGGACCAGCGAAGGAGCCAGCGAUGUGGCCGAGACCUGGGGCCCCCGCACCUCGGAUGUUGCCACCCCUCGAAACACUCGUCCUCGUCCUGUCGGACUUGGGGGCCAGGGCCACGGUGAACCAGGGGUGCUGUGGCCUCGCACUGACUUCCUGCCCCCCAGAGGCCACUUCCUGGUCCCACAGGGCUGCCAGGGGGAGGAGGCCACACGGGGGUCGGCUUUGUGUGGCUAGGGGCGGUGCCAGGCCAGGCACCUGCUGUUUCCUUUUUAACUUUUCAACGUGCGUGCGCGGACUGCCUUGGUGUGUGACUGCCAGAGAUGCCGGCUGCAGAGGACUAAGUGAGCGGCCCCAUGUGCCUUGCUGCCGAGUGGCGACAGCUCCACGCUCCGUGUCUCGCGGGCGGGGUUUCGGGUGCCCGCGGUCGGCCUUUGCCAGCAGCCUCUGCCCAGGGACUUGGCUGUCGCCCUGCCACAGCCGGCUCCCACCAAGGGGCGCGGGGGCUGCAGGUCCCCGGCCAGGGCCAGGCGUCGGAGCACCUGUGGUGCCUCCAGGGGACACUGGGCUGGCCCCGGCCAGGUCUGCCCCCAACCAUCCCAUCAUGGACCAGAACCUUGCUCACGGGAGGAGCUGGAGACCGGGGAGGCCUGGCCCGCAGCCAAGGGCAGGAACUGUACCAUUGUGAACGCGCGGGGGCGCUCGGGGAGCGUCUUCCGGACGGGUUCCGGAGUGCGUCCGUGAUGGGCCACAGGCGAGCAGGUGCCUUCCACUGCGGGUGACGCCCUCUUCCGUGACACGCCGACACAGACUGGCAGCCCAGGGCCACGUCGCACCUGCUCCGCGGGAAUCCCGCCAAUUCAGUGCUGGCGUGGUGAUGGCUCUGAGAGGUCACUCGACAGAGACUGGGGCGGAGCCGUGGGCGGCCAAGGCAGCGCACGUGCGCCAGUCUUUCCGGGGCCCUGUCGACAGGAAAGGGGAACCCUGCACCUUUGUCUUCCCUCCGUGCUUUGGCGAGGCCGCGCUGUGAUUCGUCGUGGGAGGCGCCGGGACGAGCUGGAUUCGCUGACCAGACCCGGAUGCCUGCCCUGCUCAGCGUUACCGGAUUAAACUGGAACAGACGUGUGGAUCGGGACCCAGAAUCUGGCGCGUGCUAGUGCGGUUUCGGGUCUCCGGCUGUGCUUCAAGAAGGCGGCUUGCCUUGGGGCGGGCAGUCCAGUCGGGAGCUCCCGCAGGUGCCCCGUGUGCAGUGAGGAUCGCCUGGUGCCCUGGGUGGAGCUCGGAUGGCGGCCGUGGGGGCUCAGUGUCCGCUGCCGGGCUGCCCCUGGGAAGAUGCCGGGGCUCUGCCCCCGAGUGGCCGGGAGGGCACGGCUGGCUCUGCAGCUGCUGGCAGGCCCCGCGGCUGAGCCCCGGCGUCACCUGGCUGCUGGCGCUGCGGCACGAGCCUGGGUGUGCCUGGGACAGCAGCAGCCUUGGAGCAGGGAGGCCCCCUGGCUCCUGAGCAAGGCAGGAGAAGGACCCCAGCCCCAGGACCUGGACACCCUGUACCAGGCUGGGGUGCAGACGCCGAGGGCACCGGGACAGCACUGCUGUGCCCAAGCCCGGGCUCCCAUGGCGGUGGUGGUGCCAGCCCAUCGUGCACAGGAGGCCACGCGGUCCCUGGUCGCAGCACAGGCGGCAUGUGUCUGGCCGCCACGGCCAUCUUCCCCGGCAGGAGCUCAGGUGUGGCCGUGUCAGCGGGGCUCAGCUCUGAACUGGGGCUUGGAGAGGGAGGCCGAGGCCCGCAGUCCGAGAGGACCCGAGCUGGGGCAGGCGUGCACGCCCCGCUCACCUGCGACAGACAAGCGUGAAUCACGAGGGCUGGCCAGCCACUGCUGUGGCUCUGCGGGUUCCCCGGGUCGGCUGGGGAGAGGCUCUGGUGAGGCGGAGCUUAGCAUCACUGGCAUCCCACGUUGGUGGCUGCAAAAUGCUGAAAUCAAACCGCACCGGCAGAAGCAGGAACAAAAAGCAGGUUUUCCACUUCCCCGUGCCGUUAAUUACCAAGGGUAUAACAUGGACCUGUGAGCGUCUAUCAGUGAUGCGUGUCGUGUGUUCUGUGCCUGUGUCUACCAGUAAUAUGUUAAUGUGUCAUGUUAUGUACAUGUGAGCAUCCGUAACAUGUGUGUCCUGUAUUCUGUACGUGUGUCUACUAGUGAUACGUUAGUGUGCUGUGUUAUGUACUUGUGAGCGUCCGUCAGUAAUGUUAGUGUACCGUAUAUUCUGUACGUGUGCCUAUUAGUGAUACGUUAGUGUGCUGUGUUAUGUACUUGUGAGCGUCCGUCAGUAAUGUUAGUGUACCGUAUAUUCUGUACGUGUGCCUAUUAGUGAUACGUUAGUGUGCUGUGUUAUGUACUUGUGAGCGUCCGUCAGUAAUGUUAGUGUACCGUAUAUUCUGUACGUGUGCCUAUUAGUGAUACGUUAGUGUGCUGUGUUAUGUACUUGUGAGCGUCCGUCAGUAAUGUUAGUGUACCGUAUAUUCUGUACGUGUGCCUAUUAGUGAUACGUUAGUGUAUCAUAUUCUGUCCCUGUGAGCGUCUCAGUAAUGAGUUAGGUGUGUAAAAUUCCUUCACUGUGAAGUGAACAUCACAUGUACAUGGCCCCCACGUCAGCGGAAAGGUACCGUCACACGGGCCUGCAGAACUUGUGGGAAAAUGUACUCCAAGAACCUAUUCAUGGAUUUCACAUGUUUUUGCACCAAAAUAAACAGCUUUUAAUCCCACUU